AUGGGCAUUUUUAAACCAAAGGGUUGGCUGUCUGAGGUUACUGACUUGGAUAAAACAGAACCACGAUCCUACAAGGAAAGUCUCCUUCAUCCAAGCUGGAAACAAGCAAUGCUUGAGGAAUAUGAAGCUCUCAUCAGAAAUAAUGCAGCUCUACCCCAGGAUCGAAAGGGAAUUGGUAGCAAAUGGGUGUUCAGACUCAAACAAACUCCAUCUGAUGAGAUUGCUCGUUACAAGGCUCGUUUGGUUGCUCAAGGCUUCAACCAAGACUAUGGCAUCGAUUACUUUGAGACCUUCAAUCCAGUUGUCAAGCCUACUAUCAUUCAGCUUAUUCUGUCAAUUGCUCUGUCUCAAAACUAG